AUGGGAAGACUCAACACCAGUUUAGAUAAUGGCUUCAUUUUGGUGGCCUUCUCAGAUUGGCCUCAACUGGAAUUUCUCUUUUUUGUCUUCAUUUCCAUUUUUUACUCCCUAACUCUCUUUGGCAACACCACCAUCAUCAUUCUCUCUCGAGCAGACCUUCGGCUGCGCACGCCCAUGUACUUCUUCCUCUCCCACCUCUCCUUUCUGGAUCUCUGCUACACCACCAGCACUGUGCCCCAGCUGCUGGUGAAUCUUUCUGGACUUGACAAGACCAUCAGCUAUGGACGGUGUAUAGCCCAGCUUAUCAUAUUUCUCUCCUUGGGUGGAACUGAGUGCAUGCUGCUGGUGGUGAUGGCCUUUGACCGCUACGCUGCUGUGUGCCGUCCGCUCCACUACGCGACCAUCAUGCACCCUGUCCUCUGCCAGACACUGGCUGCUGUUUCCUGGGUGGGAGGCAUCGUGAACUCUCUGAUUCAGACCAGCCUCAUGAUGGCCAUGCCUCUCUGUGGCCAUCGCCUGAAUCACUUUAUCUGCGAGCUGCCUGUUCUCCUGAAGCUGGCUUGUGAGGACACAGGAGGAACAGAGGCCAAGAUGUUUGUGGCUCGAGUCAUAAUGAUUGCCAUGCCUGCAGCCUUAAUUCUAGGCUCCUAUGCACACAUUGCCCGGGCAAUGGUGAAGGUCAAGUCAACAGCUGGACGGAAAAAGGCUUUUGGGACUUGUGGGUCCCAUCUUGUGGUGGUGUCUCUUUUUUAUGGUUCAGCCAUGUACAUAUACUUACAACCCAAGGAGAGUUACUCUGAGAGUGAGGGGAAGUUUGUUGCCCUUUUUUAUACUAUAAUUACUCCCAUGCUCAAUCCUCUGAUUUACACUCUGAGAAACAAGGAUGUGAAGGGGACUCUGUGGAAGGUGCUAAGGAGAGGCAAAGCUGUGGGGUAG